AUGACCGGCGCUCCGCCAUACAACGCCCAGUCGCCAACUCAGCAGCAGCGCUUGCCUGCCUACGAGUCCCCAUCCAAGAGCCAUCCGUACUAUCCCAGCGGAGAACAGCCCUCGCAGCAGCAAUAUUCGCAACACCCACCUCAAACUCCUCCAGCGUACGCCCCCUCGCCCGUCACGCGGAGUCCUCGUUUUUCGCACGCGUCUCCAUCGAUGUCCGGCCAACUUCCUCCGCCGCCCUUGAACGGCGCUGCGCAGCCUCCACCGGGACCAACCUCGCAGUACCAGGGCCACCCUGCUGGGGGAAAUCCUCCACUGCCCUUUCCCCGUCCCUUCUCCAGCUCCGUCGCCCCAGGAAACGGUGCUUCGCCCUAUGGCUCUUCAACCCCCCCACGGGCAUCCCUCGGGCCACCCAGAUGGGCAUUCACAAUCACCUUCACGGCGAGAGCCAAGACCUGCAUCCCCGCCACGGGAAAGCCUGCUCGAGCCGCAGACCCGAUGUCCUUUGCCAGCAUUCUGUCUGGCCCCACUGAAGACCAGCCCGCCCGCAAGCCCUCUCCCCUACCUUCUCCCCAUCCUUCCACGCCGGCAAUGCACGCACCGCCAUCUUUUGACCACCGUCACCCCGAGCCAGGGCCUGUCGCGGGAACAUUCUAUCCUCGCACAAAAGGUUACACCCCGGAUCGUAAUGGGUAUGGACCAAGGGAUAUUCCACAUUCAAACGGAGUGAAGCCGGAGCCUGAAGCUGCCCCGUUGCCGCGGCGCAAGCCUCUCCCGCCUGGUGUCGAUCCAGAACAAGUGAAUCGCGCCAUGGCAGAGAUCGACAAUGCCGAGAAGAGUGACGUGGACAGUCCCGAGUUUGACCCAGUGAUGAAGCGGCACCAGGAAAAAGCUCAGAAGCGAGUCCAGCAAAGCAGAUACGAGGAACAAAUCCGCCGAAAGCGGCGCCGCCACAACUACUUGGCUGACCUUGCUAAUAAUCUUGAAAGGGAAUACCUCUUUGGCAUGGAGCGACACCGGAAUCAUAACGAGGGUGAAGUCAUUGCGGAAGUCCAGCAGAAGGAAAUUUUCGACGAGAAGGAGCGCAAAAAGGACAUGCAACGCAAGCGUCGUCGCGAGAACACGGUUCGCCAGGAGAUGGCCAAGAAAGCUGAGGCUGAGCGAAAGGCCGACAAUGCGCAAGACUCCGCGGAACGAGCCAAGUUCCUCCGUGAGGCUGAGCGGGCGCAAAAGAAGAUUCGAUCGACCAAGCGAGCUUUGGAGGGUGGAGAUCCUCAGGAUGAAUUGGGCGAGGUUACCCCUCUUGCACCCAACCUUGAAGGCGGUAUCACCAGCCAGUUCCAUCUUGGCCGAUCAUCCCCUUCACGGCGUCGCUCUGGUCGCGCCGGUCCCGCUACCCGUCCGAAGAAGUCCAAGGAGCAGAAGCAGGCCGAGAAGGAUGCUGCAGAGGCUGCCUGGGCUGAUGGGUUGCCAGAUGAUCACUACGCGCCCCGUGAUUCGAGACGAGGCCUUCAUUCCAAGGAGGGUAGCCCGGUGCCUGUGCAGCAUGAUACCAAGGGCUACAACCAGAUCUAUGAGCAGAUCUGGCGGGAUAUCGCUCGCAAGGAUAUCCCCAAGGUAUACCGGCUGAAGACAACCUCGCUGUCUGUCCGUCAAGAGAACCUUCGCAAGACCGCCCAGCUGGCUAGCAAACAGUCUCGCAAGUGGCAAGAGCGGACUAACAAGAGCACGAAGGAUACUCAAGCCCGUGCCAAACGUACCAUGCGUGAGAUGAUGUCGUUCUGGAAACGCAACGAGCGCGAGGAGCGUGACCUACGCCGUCUGGCCGAGAAGCAAGAACUGGAGUCGGCCAAGAAAGCCGAGGCGGAGCGUGAGGCGAAUCGCCAGAAGCGCAAGCUCAACUUCCUUAUCUCUCAGACCGAGCUUUACUCUCACUUUAUCGGUCGUAAGAUCAAGACUGCGGAGGCUGAGGCAUCUGGAGAUGGUACAGUUGGUGGCAGCGACGAGACUGUCAAGCCUGGCGAUCCCAAUGCGCACACGGUCAACCUCCCCAACAGUGUGGCGAACCCGAACACCAAGGUCACCAACUUCGAGGACUUGGACUUCGAUGCCGAUGAUGAAACUGCUUUGCAGCAAGCGGCGAUGGCCAAUGCACAAAACGCUGUGCAGCAAGCGCAAGACCGCGCUCGUGCAUUCAACAAUGAUGGCGACGACCAGAUGGCUGCUUUCGAUGAGGGAGAAAUGAAUUUCCAGAACCCUACCAGUCUGGGCGACAUUGAGAUCUCUCAACCAACUAUGUUGACGGCUACUUUGAAGGAGUAUCAGUUGAAGGGUCUCAAUUGGCUGGUGAACUUGUACGAGCAAGGUAUUAACGGUAUCCUGGCCGAUGAGAUGGGUCUCGGUAAGACCAUUCAGUCUAUCUCCGUGAUGGCCUACCUCGCCGAAUUCCACAACAUUUGGGGUCCUUUCCUGGUCAUUGCGCCUGCCUCGACUUUGCACAACUGGCAACAAGAGAUUGCGAAGUUUGUUCCCAACUUGAAAGUGUUGCCCUAUUGGGGUAACGCCAAGGACCGUAAGGUUCUCCGCAAGUUCUGGGACCGCAAGCAUAUCACCUACAGCCGUGAUUCCGAGUUCCAUGUUCUAGUCACUUCUUACCAGCUUGUUGUUCUGGACGCGCAAUAUUUCCAAAAGGUCAAAUGGCAAUACAUGAUUCUUGACGAAGCACAGGCUAUCAAGUCCUCCCAGAGUUCACGAUGGAAGAAUCUCCUGGGAUUCUCUUGCCGCAACCGCCUGCUAUUGACUGGUACCCCCAUCCAGAACAACAUGCAGGAGUUGUGGGCCCUCCUGCAUUUUAUCAUGCCAACGCUGUUCGAUUCACAUGAUGAGUUCAGCGAGUGGUUCUCGAAAGAUAUCGAAUCCCAUGCUCAGAGUAACACCAAGCUCAACGAAGACCAGCUCCGACGUCUCCAUAUGAUUCUGAAGCCGUUCAUGCUUCGUCGUGUAAAGAAGAACGUGCAACAAGAACUUGGCGACAAGGUUGAGAAGGACAUCUUCUGUGACUUGACAUACCGCCAACGUGCGCUUUACGCCAAUCUGCGCAACCGUGUCAGCAUUAUUGAUCUCAUUGAGAAGGCCGCUAUCGGCGACGACACCGAUAGCACCACACUGAUGAACCUUGUCAUGCAAUUCCGGAAGGUGUGCAACCACCCGGACCUCUUUGAGCGUGCGGAAACCAAGUCGCCCUUCUUGGCCGGAUCCUUCGCCGAAUGUGCAUCUUUUGUCCGCGAAGGGUUCUUCGUCGAUGUUCGCUAUUCUACCAAGAACUUGAUUGAUUAUGAGAUGCCUCGCCUCCUGUGUAGCUCCGAGGCUCGUCUCGAUACCCCAGGCCCUGGAAACGAACGUGCGGGUUUCAAGAACAAGUACCUGUCGCAUUUGAUGAAUAUCUGGUCUCCUGAUAAUGUUCAGCAAAGCUCUCGCCAGGACGGGACCUUUUCCUUCUUGCGUUUUGUCGACACUUCUGCUGGUGAGGCCAGUGAAAUUGCCCGCUCGGGUGUCUUUGAACGUGCUCAUCGCCUUCGUGGCCAGGUGGACCGUCUCUCGCGUCUCCAUGCCAUCUAUGACGACAAGGAAAAUCCGUCGUUCGCCAACUCCGUGUCACCCCAUUCUAUGCUGAAUAUCGUUCAGCGCAAUAAUCGUCAGGCUCUACAAGAGAUCGCUCCUGAGGGCCGAAUGCGUAAUUUGAUGAAUGUCUCACGUACGGCAUUUGAAGACCAAGGCCUCAACCUCAUUGAGCCUUGUGCUGUGCCCGCCGCCUCGGCUCCACCAAUUGUGCUUUCGUGUGCUGGCCAGGCAGCUCAACGAGAAGCCCAGGAGACUCUAUUCAAUCCUGUUGUUCGAAAUGCUCUGUACAGCACCCCAACCAGACAACUCGAGGAGCAAAUCCUCGCCAAAAAGCUUGAUCCCACGCCAUACUCGCACCCGCCAAUGCUGCCCACGCCACUCUCUCUCCGCUCCCGGUACACUCAUAUCGAAGUUCCGUCGAUGCGCCGCUUCGUUACCGACUCGGGUAAGCUGGCCAAGUUGGACCAACUGCUCCGGGAGCUCAAGGCUGGCGACCACCGCGUUCUUCUCUACUUCCAAAUGACCCGUAUGAUCGAUUUGAUGGAAGAGUACCUGACCUACCGCAACUACAAGUACUGUCGACUUGACGGAAGCACCAAGCUUGAAGAUCGUCGCGAUACGGUUGCUGAUUUCCAGCAGAACAACGACAUCUUUGUCUUCUUGCUAUCUACUCGUGCUGGUGGUCUGGGUAUCAACUUGACUGCCGCCGAUACUGUCAUCUUCUACGACUCCGAUUGGAACCCGACGAUCGACUCGCAGGCCAUGGAUCGUGCUCAUCGUCUCGGUCAGACCCGGCAAGUCACGGUGUACCGACUCAUUACCCGCGGUACCAUCGAGGAGCGUAUUCGCAAGCGUGCCCUGCAAAAGGAAGAAGUGCAACGCGUUGUCAUCACUGGUGGAGGUGCCGGUGGUGUCGACUUCAACACUCGACCUCGCGACAACCGCACGAAGGAUAUCGCCAUGUGGCUUGCGGAUGACGAUGAGGCGGAGCUCAUCGAGCAGAAAGAGAAGGAAGCCCUUGAACGUGGCGAGGCCCAGAAUGCCGCCAAGAGUAGUAAGAAGGCUCAAAAGCGGAAGCGUGACCUCACACUGGAUGACAUGUAUCAUGAAGGCGAGGGUAACUUUGACGAUCAAAGCCAGAAGCCUUCAGGCGCUGCUACCCCAGCGUCCGACAAUGUGGAACUUCCGCCACCGGGCGCUGCAACCAAGGGUGGCCGUGGCCGUGGGCGCGGGGGCAAAGGAACCUCGAAGCGGGCCAAAACAAUGAACGAGCGCCUUCGCCUGAUAGAUGGGGACGGCGGCCUCAGUUAA